CCCGCAUCAACCUGCUCAGCUCCAGUCCACUAGCUGCUCGUUUGUCCGCCGCACAGGUGUGUUUGUGUUCCCUCGUCCUUUUGUGUCAAGCACCGAAGUCUCCAGAUGACCAACUAAAAGCCCAAUGACUGGAAUAUUUCCCCGGACAGGGCUGGACUGUUUGCGGACACCGUGGAACAAAAAGAAGAAGAAAAAGGCAGCGCUAACGGGUCCUAUCGUCACCAUGUUAGCCGGAGCACGACAGGUGCACCGCGGCUUCGAGAUUUGAGACGUUAGCCGCAUCCCGUGAGAUACAGACCGCCUCCGCAGCUCUGGAAAUCAGUGUUUCGGCUUCACACAAUCCCAGCCUAUAUAUGCCGCUAGCACCAUCAAGCUGCCUGACGUCUACAAAAGGCCAAGUUCUACACAGAGAAACCAGCAGACUUUCUUCAUCGUUUCCUCUCCUAUCCCCACCAGCUGAUCCCCUUCAUCCACAUCUGUCCACCCUCGUCUUUCCUGUCACUUUUUCAUCUCUCACCACAUCUUCACCUCAUUUCUGUGGCCUCACAGACUGAUUAUUGACAUGGCCUCGGCCCAGUCAGAGCAGUCCAGCGUCCUGCAAGAGGAGCUCACCUGCCCGGUGUGCUUGGACUUGUACCGUGACCCCCACUUACUUCCUUGCGGACACAACUUCUGUAAGACCUGCCUCGAUCGCCUAAAGCGACAAGCAGAGCGAGGUCGCUUCCGCUGUCCAGAGUGCCGCGACAGCCACCGGUGUAGCACCAACUUUCAGAAAAACUUCAAACUAGCCAAUAUUGCUGACGACUACCGCCACAGGCGCAGAGCGACCACUGCAGCUGCUACAGCUUUAAAAUCCAGGGAACUGCUGUCGGCUUCUGUAGCAGCGCCGUCAGCCAGGAGUGUGUUUGCUGUUCCAUGUGACUACUGCCCUUCAGUCUCCGCCGAGGCCUCAGGCAUCAGCAGUGCUGUGGACGGAUCCUCUGCUGCUUCUGUUUCUCAGGAAGGAAGUGACAAGCCGGAAGCUGCCGUUGCUUCGAUGUUUGCUGUGAAGACGUGCUUGAAGUGCGAGGUGUCGAUGUGCCAGGAGCACGUAAAGCCACAUCUGGAGCUGCCAGCGUUCCGCGAGCAUCCUCUCACCGAGCCCAUGAAUGACUUCUGGAAGAGGAAGUGCCCGGAUCAUGAUGAGAUAUUUAGGUACUACUGCAUGGAUGACAAGAUGUGUGUGUGCAACGCUUGCACCAUAGAGGGAUUACACUCGGGACACACAAUCAAGACCCUGAAAAACACAAUGAAGGAUCUCAAGGGAACGCUGGACAAGCAGCUGUACAGGGUGGAAAGGAAGUACAGCUUGGCAGAGAAGAAACUCCAGGAGCAGAAGGAGAAGGAGAGACAGAAUAAGAAGUUCAUGGACGACUCUGAGCAGUGCUUGACCAGACUUGGUGAGGAGAUGAAGGCCAAAGUCCUCCGCUUCAUCACCAGAUUGCGAGAAUGCACGCGCACCCACUGCGACACCAACGGGCCGGCGAUUCAGAAGAACAUCUCCAGGAUCUGCCAGGACCAGGCCCGUCUCCAGGAGGUCCGCUGUGGCAUCGAGAGCCUCAUGCAGGAAAACGACCCUUUCCGCUUCAUCGAGGCAUACAAGACGACAGGAAAACAGUGCCGCAGGCAGCUCAGGAAAACCAUGUUCUACCCGGAGUACGUCGACAUGGAGACGGAGGUUCUUGGAGUGAUGAUGGAGGAGGAAAUGAGAAAAUUCCUGGAUGAAGAACUACCGUGUCACAUUGUUGCUGCCAUUAACUCCCUCUGUCACCUUCCAGACCUCGAGGAAGAGGAGGAGCAGGAUGAUAACGAGGAAGAGGCUGCGGAGGAGGAGGAGGAGGACGACGAUGACGACCUGGAUGACAGCAGCGAGGAGGAAAUGAGGAGUGAGGGGGAGGAGGAGGAGGACGAAGAGGAGGAAGACGAGGACGCGCAUGAUCAGAGCGAGCUGGCCGAUGAUCUGUACAGCCCCGGAGAGGAGGAGGAAGAGGAGGAGGAGGAAGAAGAUGACGAGGUCGAGGACGGAGAGGAGGAGGACGAGGAGGAGAGAGGGGUUUAACCAAGGAUGGGAUUUAUAUACAUAUAUUUUUACACCUAGUAAAGCACUAUAAAUUUGAUCCUUAACCGUGAGCGAGUGCCACAGAUGUUCUGACGUCUGUUUUAGCGCUGCACUCAUCUUCUCUUUGAAUGUCUCAUGUACAGAAAAGGACUCGAGCUGCUGCCACAUUUUGCCUCAAACCCUCCCACAACAUUCAGAGACAGACAAGAGCUUUGAUCCAGCAGGACUUCAGACUAACUGUACCGAUGUGACUCUCAUGCUAAACCUGUGUUGCAUACUACUAAACGUAAUUAAGGUGCUUUUUAUUCGAAGGCAUUUGCUGUAUACAGUACGCACACACGUGAAUGUGAAUGUAUAAUGACAGAAUGUGGCUGGAAGGAAUCAAACUAAAUUUGGCCAAACCUUUGCAUGUCUGCGAUGCUGGAUUUUCUACCCCUUGUUACCAAAGUGUGACAAAUUUGCCUACAAAAUAUUGCGAGAUUUAAUUUGUUUAGAGAGCUUUCUCCUGAAUUUUUGAUACAAAAACUGGUGCAGAGAAAAGUCGUUCACAGACACAGCUUCUAAAAUAUGUGUUCCCUCAAUUCAACAAGCAUCGAUAAGAGAAAGUUUGAUUUUCCCAGUUUUCCAUCACCACAGAAAGCCUUUUGAUGAGCAUUUUUGAGAAACAGCUAGAAGACAGAAAGUCGAGCAAAUACACCAGGCCAGCAACAGUCCACUGGAACAAGUCCUGUGUGUGGGGUUGUGAUUGUUUCAUGCAGGAGUUAAACAUUGCAAGCCAAAGAGAAAGGGUGUGUGUGAGUGUGUGUGCAUGGAUACAGUCAGAAGUUCGUCUGCUUGGCAUGAUGUUAGAAAAAGAAAUGCAAUGUGUUAACAAGUGUUUACAUAGGCUGCAGAAUGACUUCGCUUUUCAUAGUUAUGCUUUAAAAGCAGGUAAUGCAUCGUUUAAAACAUGUCAAAUGUUCCUAUGCACAGUUCAUACAUGAUUCUUAAAAUACUGGUUUCAGGAGACGUGGAAUUUUGCACUUUACUACAAAAAUGCUAUGUUAGGCCUGAACUAUUUGAAUGUUAAAAGUAGAUUUUCAUUUUGAUACGAGUGAUAUUGUGAGGGGCCAAACUGAUGAAAUAACUACGUAAUAAUAAUAAUAAAGGCUGUUGAAUGUGCACA